AUGAUCAGUAUGACUAACAUCUUUACUCCUAUUGAAGAAGCUUUAGAAGCUUACAAAAACGGUGAAUUUUUAAUUGUUAUGGACGAUGAAGACCGUGAAAAUGAAGGUGAUUUAAUUAUGGCUGCUGAAUUAAUCACUCAAGAAAAAAUGGCAUUUUUAGUUCGUUAUUCUUCAGGUUAUGUUUGUGUUCCAUUAAGUGAAGAACGAGCAAAUCAAUUAGAAUUACCACCAAUGUUAGCUAAUCGUAGUGAUAGACAUGGUACUGCUUAUACUAUAACAUGUGAUUUUGCUGAAGGUACUACUACGGGUAUUUCGGCCCAUGAUAGAGCUUUAACCACCAGAAGUUUAGCUAAUCCUAAUUCAAAACCACAAGAUUUCAUUAAACCAGGCCAUAUAUUACCGUUAAGAGCCGUUCCAGGAUUAUUGAAAAAAAGAAGAGGUCAUACUGAAGCAGCUGUUCAAUUAAGUACUUUGGCUGGAUUACAACCUGCUGGGGUGAUUUGUGAAUUAGUACGAGAUGAAGAUGGUUUAAUGAUGAGAUUAGAUGAUUGCAUUCAAUUUGGUAAAAAACAUGGCAUCAAAAUUAUUAAUAUUAACCAAUUAGUUGAAUAUAUUUCUAAAUAA